CCUGGGCUGGUUGGGUUUUUGGCGGAGAGGUUAUACGUUCAAUUGGUACAUAGCGAUGCUGAGAAAACCAGGGCAACUAAGUCCCUCAAGAAGACGAAAGCGCAGACCUUACCUCUCUACUCCAUCACCAUGAUCGGAAGAACAGCCUCCAAAAUCGUGUAUUCUAAUGGGAGAACUGGAAAAUCGUAUGCUGUGGCUGCUGCUGCUGCUGCUUCUGCGACUGUGAACAAGAUUGAGAAUCAUAAUUCUAAAGCUGAUGAGAUUCUCAGCUCUGCUUCUGAGACACAACCCACUAAUCUUCAUAUCAAAGGGAAGAGGACUACCAUGGCUCAACGCCGAGCUUUGGUCGAAGCUUUUGUCCACAAUUAUAAAGCAACAAAUGAUGGAAAGUUUCCUUCUCCUAACAUUGUUGUGAAGCAAAUUGGGGGCUCGUACUAUGUUGCCAAGAAAAUCGUGCAGGAAAUGCAGUCCCAAUUGAAAUUAUCUGCUCUGGAUAAUGUGAAUCAAAAUGGCUUAGGAAAAAAAGAGACAACAAAAGUAAAGGAACCUUUGAUAACCGCCAAAAAGUUAACAGGAGGUAAUAUAUCAGUAAAUCUUGGUGUUCAAAAUGAUUUUCAGACGACACCGACCAACCAUGUCAAGAUUAAAAAUGUCAUUGACAAGCAUAUAGAAGCAGGGAGUGGUUCAAUAUCUUCCUCUUCAGCCGAUAAGACAUUUUCCAGCAAGAAAGGGACUAUAAAUAUAGAUGGUUAUUCUGAAUUUGCAGCAGCACAACAUAGUCUUCUUAAAGGGGAUGGUGAAAAGAAUGUUAGUUCAUGUCAAAAGAACGUAGAGAUAAAGGAUGUCGAGAGCAAGACUUCUGAAUUUGUCCGAGAGCAGAGUAGUCUGCUACAAGAAGAUUUUGGAAAUAUCUCUCAUGCAUGUCGUGUUAACUUAGAAAAUGAGAAACAGAAUGAAGAUCGAGCCCAGGAUGACAUUCCUGGUUUUGUUGCAGAGGAUUUGCAGAUUAUGAAUACUAGGAAAGUUUUGGAUCUAGGCGUUGAAAAUGUAGAGGAUAAUAAACAAAAGAAAGCUACUUCGGACGAUCUGCAAGAUAAAGAUGUUCCAAAGGAUAAAACAGAAAGGCAUGAAGGGACCCCUGAACACAAACCUGCACAGGCUGCACUGGACGAUCAUUCUAAGCAGACUAGUGUAGCGGAAUUUGUUAAAAAACCAUCUCUGUGGGGAAAUCUGAAAUCAUUUGCGGAUGGAAUUUUCAACAUGUGGAGAAAAUCUUAGAUUCCAGUUUUGAAGCUCCGAGGUAGCAGCUCAAACAGUCCAGCUCGUGGUUUACUCCCACAAGAUCUGAGGUUCGAGUCCCUCCUGGAUAUUUACAUUAGCAAUUGCUAUAGUUUUUGGCCCCCAAAUAUUAUAGGAUUAGGCAGGGGGGCCUAUUUUUGAAAGGGAAAAAAAAGGUUCCUAGGUAAUAAUAGCUUAGUUAAGUUUAACAAUUGAAAUCUAAAUUUUAGUUUAUUCCAACUACAUGGUGUAAAGAAAAGUUGAUUUUGAUAAUGUUUGAUAAAGAAUAAUAACCCCAUAUUAUGAAUUGUGUGAUCCUCUAA